AAUGUGUGUCCCCACAAACAUUCAGUAUCAUGACUGACGCCUUUCUGCUGGGAUUAUUUGUGUUCUCGGCGGUGGUUGCCGUUCUCUUCGAGCCCCUACUGGCCACACGAGACUUUGAGAUACGUUGGCGCGCCAUCAACUGCACGGCCAUUGACCUGGGCACAACGGCCGCCUUUCACUGCUUGAUCGUGGAGCUGCCCAAGCGGCAGGGUAACUUCUUGAACACUCGACUCCUGCUCAAUCGACCCGUGUCCAAGAUGUGGGUGGAUCUGAGCGUGGGACAGAUAAGUGGCAGCUCCAAGGAUCGCACUGUCCUAAACCUGCUCAGGGUGCGCGUGGAUGGCUGUCGUCUGUUUGAUUUUCGCAGCAAGAAUCGCAUUCUGAAUGCUGUUCUCGGCAAGCUGCUGCAAUCGGGCAACUAUCCCAAAUCCUGUCCAAUUUUGGCGAAUGUCAACUAUACGUCCACACAUUUUGCCCUCAAUCCGGAUCACUUUCCAGCCUACAUGCCGGACAUGAAGUUCAACACGAAACUGGUACUCAAUUUGAGCAAGAAUAUCACACUGAUUAGGGCCAGUGUGGAUGCCGAGGUAAUGAGGCGAUCCUAGAAAUUCAAUAAAGAGCAAAUCCAAAGCAAAAGCCAUGACUAACUUAGGGGUUUUGUGUAUGUAGCUGAAGUGACUAAUAGCUUUGGUAUGAGUAUUAUCCAAAGGCGUGUCGAAAAAGCGAAUAUAAGUAAUAAAUCUAUGGGACUUUUAUCAGUCUUCAGGCUUCAGAUAUUACAAUGCCCUUGAAAUUUCACCUCAAUAACUUUCAAAUGUUGCACGUGUGUGUGUUUGUGUGUCAGUGUGUAAUCCAGUGAUUCAUGGCAGCGGUAUGUGGACUUUGGCGAGAUGGGCGAGAGGGA